AUGCUAGAUACAAAAGAUGAUUAUUAUUUAGUACGUCAUCUAGACGAGGUUUUUACAAUAUCAAAAGAAGAACUAACCAAAUUAUGUGAAAUCGAAAAAAUAGAACCCCAAACUAAAAAUCAAGACAUGGAAGAAAUUGAACUUGAAGAUGCUAUAGAAGAAGCGAAAUAUGAAAUAAACAAAUGUUUAAAAAUAAAUGACAAUUGUAUUGUUAAAAAAUAUAAAAACACGAAGGAAAAUUUAGAAAUGAAUGGUGUGGAAUUAGGUCUAUAUGAAGUGGAUCGGAAUAAAAAUAAUGUUGCAUCUGUAAGUUUAAUUAUUAAAGGACUUAUGGGUCAAUUGCAAAUUAAUAUGAAAAUCGGUGGCCUAAAAGGGAUUCAGUUUCGGUCCAAUCUCUAA